AUGGAAGUAAAUCAAUUGGAGGAAGAAAUCAAAACCCCUAUAGUCAGCGAUGAGAAAGCUUCAGAUCAGGUAACGCGCACAACUUUGAAUCCGAUUUCAAUCGAUGAAGGUGCUAAGGGUUUAGAACUGUUGUGUAAUCAAAAGGUAGUACAAAUUGGGGAAUCUUUGAGUCUUGCUGAGUCUAGGAACAAUGAAAUCAAAGAUGCUAGGGUUAAUGGGGUAUGGAGUAAUUUUGAUCCAAAGAAGAUGACUGCAAUAAACCGUAAAUUGGAAUUUAUUGAGGAGCAAACCCCCCUUUCUAUGUUGUUAAUGGUUAUCUUCAAAGUAUUUGGGGUUGAAAAGUGUUUUAGCAUGGAUGAGGUUAAGAAAGUUCCAAUUUGGGUUCAGCUGCCUAAACUGAAGUUGCAGUACUGGAAUAAAAAGACCUUAAGCAGAAUUACAAGUUUAAUAGGAACCCCUAUUGAGAUGGAUGAAAUGCUAAGGAAUAGAGCAGGGUAUACAAGAGUGAUAGUAGAAGUGACCAUUUCUCAUACUUUGGCCACUGAAAUUUGGUUUGAAGAUGAAUUUGGAAUUAUUCAAGUACAAAAGGUGAGAUGUGAAUGGUUACCUGUAAAAUGUCAACAAUGCAAAGGGUUUGGCCAUGAAAUGGCACAUUGCAGGAAAAUAGUCAUCAAAGUCUGGAAACCAGCUGAAAGGAAGCAGGCUCCACCAGAAAUGGUUGGGCAAGAGCACCAGAAGGAUCAGCUGUUGGACAUCAGAACCAGGGCGCCCUUAUGGAUACUGGGAAUGGCAGUUCAUCAGAAGGGGGACUGA